AUGUUGCCCACAGCUGGCUUGUUCCUACCGGAAACACUGCACCGGGCUGAUCUCCCCACUUCAGCGCCUACGGAAACUGACGGAACGAGGCUGAGGUACUUUCAACGCAAGAUCGGGCGGCCGAAGCUGGAACCCAGCAACUCUGAAGACCUUCGACCAUCAACUGCCAUUCCGAGAGAUACUCCAGACGACCUAUCGCGCGACUUUCCAGCAAUUCCGACUACAUAUUACUUCGCCGAUUAUGUUCUUUCUUCUGAGAAGGCUUCAACAGAGACUAUUGCUUUCGUGAGUAUCAUCCAACAAGUACGACAAGAUAUCGAGGAAGCGACGCGCCUUUCUAUCUCAUCGGCAGUCUCAAACUUUCUGGAUGCUUAUCCAAGCAAGCGAAGAUGGAUCGAGGAUUCCUUGCUCGAAGUGCGGCGUGCUCUCAAUGACAUUGGCAUGGAUAUGGACACAGCCUGGGGCCAUGAAGGAGAUGGAGGCACAGUUGCAUCGAAGCGCAAGCUUGAGUGGGGUCUGAAGAAUCAGAAGAGGCUUCUAAAAAAGAAGCAACAAUUAGAUCGGUGUCAUACCCAGUUAACAGGCGCUAUAUACGUUAUGCAGACGGCAGAGCUGUGCGGUAAACCUGGAUCCAUCGCGCAAGAUCCCAUCUUCGAGGCUCCUGUGCGACCGUGGGUACCUCACGAUGAGAAGGAUGCGCUGCGUGGACCUUAUUCGAGGCAAAAGAACCGGACAGCGAGUCACACUAGCUUGUUUGCGUCAAACGUCACUCUAGCAUCCGAAGCCGAAAAGCACGACGUUGAGACACCUAUCCACUCGGAAGAGGUAACUCAUCAGGAUGCUACAUCACCUGCUGUUGCGCCCCUGCCAUCGCCCCGGAUGAUCACGGAAGAUGCCUCUCAACCUACAUCAGUCGACCCAGCGGAGUCACCAGAACAGCUAAACGAUGACGAUGUUAUGCUCUCAGUCCUCCAACAACGGUUAUGCAGCCACAAGCCUGUCAAAACAAUGGCAGAGGAUCUGGUGCGACAAGUCUCAGCUACUGAAGCAACGUACCAAGUAGUCGAUACGGAGCAGCCAAUACUCUCGCCUCCCGUGUGGCAGAAACAGCCGACUUCGACCUCGAAGCCAGACUUGCAAGUAGAUGUCAUACCUCCUACAACACCCCCUUCUGUGCAAGUAGCGGCCCCUCCAGUACCCUCAAAUGGAAGUCACAAUGGCGAUGGAGAGAAAAAGCCCAUGUCAGCGCAAGCUAAGCGACGAGCUGCGCACGCACGAAGGAUGCAACUCGCUUUUGGUGACGGAUCGACGGCUUGA